CCUUCCUUCGGCGCUCUGCCUCUGCUGGUUUCGGCUCCUCUGAGCUUCUGCUGCCGCUGCUUAGAGUUUCGCUCGGAACCAGAGCUCUUUCUGCCUCUUACUGGUCGUGACUGUGGUCAUUUUUUAAACAAAAUUCUCAGAAAUUAUUCCUAAAAAGGUGGGGAGAGAGUUUGACCCACGUUUUGGAUGCAUGGGAGCUUCCUGGGAGCGGCGAAAGGAGAAGAUUGUGCUGCUGGUCCUCACUGCUCGGCACGAUGAGUGAGACGGAGGGUCAGUUCUACAGUGUCCAGGUGGGGGACUCCACCUUCACUGUGCUCAAACGCUACCAGCAGCUCCGUGCCAUUGGCUCCGGGGCCCAAGGCAUUGUCUGCUCUGCCCUGGAUACGGUCCUUGGUAUACCAGUGGCUGUGAAGAAGCUCUGUCGGCCCUUUCAGAACCAGACCCAUGCAAAGCGAGCCUACAGGGAGCUGGUGCUGCUCAAAUGUGUCAACCACAAAAAUAUCAUCCGUCUGAUCAAUGUUUUCACGCCUCAGAAGUCUCUGGAGGAGUUCCAGGAUCUCUAUCUAGUGAUGGAGCUCAUGGAUGCCAGUUUAUGUCAGGUGAUCCACAUGGACCUAGACCAUGAGAGGAUGUCCUACCUGCUCUAUCAGAUCCUUUGUGGCAUCAGGCACCUGCACUCAGCUGGGAUCAUCCACAGGGAUCUGAAGCCCAGCAACAUUGUGGUGAAGUCUGAUUGCACUCUGAAAAUCCUUGACUUUGGUCUGGCGAGGACGGCUUGCACAAACUUUAUGAUGACCCCCUAUGUAGUUACCAGAUAUUACCGCGCCCCGGAGGUCAUUCUGGGCAUGAAGUAUAAGGAGAACGUGGACCUGUGGUCAGUUGGCUGCAUUAUGGCUGAAAUGAUCUGUCAUAAAGUCCUCUUUCCUGGAAAGGACUACAUUGACCAGUGGAAUAAAGUGAUUGAGAUUCUGGGUACGCCAAGUCUAGAGUUUAUGAACCGACUCAUGGAGACCGUCAGGAACUAUGUGAUGAACAAGCCGCAGUAUCCAGGCGUCAGCUUCACAGACCUGUUUCCAGAUUGGGCUUUUCCUUCUGAGUCUGAGCAGGACAAAGUGAAAACUGCGCAGGCACGAGACCUCCUCUCCAAAAUGCUGGUCAUUGAUCCUGAAUGUCGUAUAUCUGUUGAAGAAGCCCUUCACCACCCCUACAUCCAUGUGUGGUACGACCCUGCAGAGGCCGACGCGCCUCCGCCCCAGAUCUCAGAUAAACAGCUGGAAGAGAGGGAGCACUCCAUCGAGCAGUGGAAAGAACUUAUUUAUGAAGAAGUAAUUGACUGGGAGGAGAGGAACAAGAACGGUCUAAUGAAAGAAGACUGCUCAGAUGUGCCGUCGGGUUCCGCUUCCCAGUCCUCCUCCGCCAAUGACAUCUCAUCCAUGUCCACAGAGCACACGCUGGCGUCAGACACGGACAGCAGCAGCAUCGACACGCUGACGGGGCCCCUCGAUGAGGCCCAGUGAAUCUGUGGCCCCGCAGGCGUCUGACUCAUCAAAAAAAUAUUCAAAAUAUCGAUCUUCGGUUUAGGUUUUAUCCCUCUUGCUUGUGUUUCUCUUCUAAUGAAAAUAUAUUUUUUUGGUUUGUUUACCAUUUGUGAUCUGGAGGAUCAUGUUUGGGACUGUUGCCUUGAGGUCAAAAAAAAAAA